AUGACGCCCAAUCGAGCCUUUCGCAGCUACAACCAGUCCCCAGCAAUCAGCAAUGCACCGCGGGUGCUCAUCACCGGCAGCUUCGGCCAGCUGGGCAUCGGCCUGGCGCAGCUGAUGAGGACUCGCUACGGUCACGACAACGUCAUCAUGACGGACAUCGUCAAGCCACCGACAAUGAACGGCGGCGGAGGCGGCCGCUUCGCCUACGUCGACGUCCUCGACGCAGCCAGCCUGCAAGCGGUGGUCGUCGAGAACGGCAUCGACUGGAUCGUCCACUUCAGCGCCCUGCUCAGCUCAGUCGGUGAGAAGAACGUCCCGCGGGCAAUCCAGGUGAACAUCGGCGGCCUGCACAACGUCUUCGAGGUGGCGCAGCGCUACAAGCUGCGCCUCUUUGUGCCCAGCACCAUUGGCGCCUUUGGGCCGGAGUCGCCGCGGACCGAGGCGACGCCCGACUUUUGCGUCCAGCGGCCAAAGACGAUCUACGGCGUGAGCAAGGUGCACGCGGAGCUGCUCGGCGAGUACUACCACUACAAACACGGACUGGACUUUCGGUCGCUGCGCUUCCCGGGCAUCAUCAGCGCCGACACGGCGCCCGGCGGCGGCACCACCGACUACGCCGUCGACAUCUUCCACAAAGCCUGGCGGUCGGGCAGCUACGAGUGCUACCUGCGGCCGGACACCCGCCUCCCGAUGAUGUACAUCGACGACUGCCUCCGCUCGCUGCUGGAGCUGAUGGAGGCGCCCGCGGAGCGGCUGACGCAGCGCACCUACAACAUCCACGCCAUGGACUUCACGCCGGCGGAGCUGGCCGCCGCCAUUCGCCGCUACGUGCCCGAGCUCAAGCUCACCUACGCGCCCGACUCGCGCCAGGAUAUCGCGGACACCUGGCCGCAUGCGCUGAACGACGAGGCGGCCCGCCGUGACUGGA